AACAGUGUGGAACUUUGAUAUGGAUGAAUUGAUCAGGCCUGAAUCCAUUAAUUCUUAAACUUACUUUGACAUUGAACGAUUGCUGUGCGGUAUUGAAAAUCCUUAGGUUUUAUUGACAUUAUAUUGCAAGAGUUUGUAAAAGGAAUUAUUCGAUCUUGUACUAUUAAAGUGUUAAUCAUGAUCGUAGUUUGGUAGUUUGGUCAAAGGAUUUCAGAUCGACAUCUAUAUCACACAACUGUGAGAUUUUCGCUCAAAGAUGCGGAUUUAACCACUUCACUGACUCGUUGUUUUUUUCGACUGGUGCUAUAUAGUACAAUACAGUGAUUCACACAUCAUAAAAAUGGAUUAUAAAAUGACCUGCAAAUUGAGAUCAGCAAGUGUUCUAGCACAGACAUGGACUUUAGGAAUUGUGUUUUUAAGCUGUUUAUCACACAUUCAUGCAACAACGACAUCCGUGAUCUUGCAUAACGCAGUCAGUGUUCAGGUCGGGUCCGUGUCUUCAUACAACUGUUCUGUCACUGGUUCGGGGCCUGACCCCCAAAGUGUUGUUUGGGAGAUUAAAGACACCAGCGGGACCACGAUUUCAAACGCAGGCCUGUUUACCACACAACUAUUCGACACGGCAAACAGCGCUGACGGGUCUGUGAUUAGUCAGGCGACGUUUACUGUCGUGCAGAGUCAUCUAGGAAAGCGCCUCUUUUGCACAGUCAAUGACCAGGGGACAUCUUCUACCAUGAGCAUUUAUACGGUGAUCACCGCAACAAAUCAAGCAAAUCUUGGGCAGACCUGCAGUGCAGCAAUAUCGUGUUCCCCAGCAAACUCCCGGUGCAGCAACAAUAUCUGCGUGUGUUCAACUGGCUACACAGUGAAUGGAAACACAUGCAAUCAGAUCCAGCUUGGUGACAGCUGUGCGAGUUCCAGCUGUCCGGUCGCAAACUCCAUCUGCAACUCCCAGUCUAUCUGUGCCUGCAACACCAAUUACUACGCCAGCUCAGGAAGCUGUAUCCUUAAAAAACAACUCGGUAGUAGCUGUCCUGUUGGCAAUAGCCAGGCAUGUGCACCAAGCGACUCCCAGUGCAGUAGCUUCCAGCCUUACGUGUGCGAGUGUCAGAACGGCUACGUACAGUCAGGAUCCACUUGUGUCCUGAGUCAAGUGAGUCUUGGCCAAGCGUGUGUGAAUCCAGUCCGUCAAUGCUAUAUUGUACAUUCGAACUGUAAUGGCUUUGUCUGUGUGUGUGACUAUCAAUACGAACAGUCGAACAACAUCUGUAUUCUUUCACCUGCGGGUCUUGGUGAAUCCUGCACCAAUCCCAGCCGCACGUGCAGCGUGAGUGACUCCGCAUGUACCUUUGGCACAUGCCAAUGCUCAAAUGGCUUUGUCAGUAGUGGCAGCACGUGUAUCACAAGCACGGCUGGCCUGGGAGACUCUUGUUCGAACCCUUCUCGCUCAUGCACUGUGUUGAACACGGUAUGUGAUCAAUUUUCUGGUUACACAUGCCAGUGCACGGGAAAUUACGUGCAGUUUGGAAACCAGUGUAUUGCCAACUAUGCUACGAUUGGUCAGUCCUGCAUAAACCCUUCAAGAACGUGUUCAACAACAAACACCAUUUGUGGCCAGGGGUCGGGCAUUUGCGUCUGUUCAUCCGGCUACUUUCAGUCUGGAUCUACUUGCUAUCUUAGCAAUGUGGGACUAGGAGACCAAUGUUCCAACCCAACUAGGACAUGCUUGACAACAAAUUCGCAGUGCGGCAGCAACGGUUUCUGCGAGUGCGCCUCGGGAUAUUUCCAGUCAGGGUCUCUCUGUUAUGAAAGCUCAGUUGGUCUCAAUCAGGCCUGUACAAAUCCCAGUCGUACAUGCUCAGUUACUAAUUCUAUAUGCGGAUCGUCUGGUCUGUGUGUGUGUGGAUCGGGAUACGUCCAAUCCGGAUCGUCAUGCAUCACUAGCACUGCCAAUCUUGGAGAGAGCUGUGCUAACCCAUCUCGCACAUGUGUCACGAGCAACUCAGCCUGUGGCUCGUCAGGCAUUUGUACAUGUUCUACUGGAUAUAUCACAUUCAACUCAGCAUGUUUCUCUUCAACUGUUGGUCUAAAUGAGGAAUGUGAGAAUCCCAAUCGUACAUGUUCAGUGACUAAUUCUGAAUGUGGAUCGUCUGGUUUCUGUGUGUGUGGAUCAGGAUAUGUACAAUCUGGAUCGUCAUGCGUCACUAGCAAUGCCAGUCUUGGAGAGAGCUGUGUUAACCCAUCUCGCACGUGUGUCACGAGCAACUCAGCCUGUGGCUCAUCAGGCAUUUGUACAUGUUCUACUGGAUAUGUCACAUUCAACUCAGCAUGUUUCUCUUCAACUGUGAAUCUGGGCGACUCGUGCGUGAAUCCCACUCUGACUUGCAGCGUGCCAAAUUCCUCGUGCGGAGUUUCCGGCACAUGCACGUGCUCUCAGGGCUACACACAGUCAGGAUCUACAUGUGUAUCAAACUCUGCGGGGCUCGGUGAAUCGUGCACAAGUCCGACUCGCACAUGCGUAGAUGCUAAUACAGAGUGUAAUGCUACAAACGGCACAUGUGAUUGUGAGAGCGGCUACGUAUCUAAUUCAGUCACAUGCAUCAGUGAAUCGGUAAACCUUGGGGAUUCGUGCGUAAAUCCUUCUCGCACUUGCAUCGUGUCCAACUCCCAGUGUUCACAGGGUGUGUGCUCGUGCCGGGGCGGAUAUGUUGCAUCAGGAAACUCCUGUAUCCUGCCUGUGGCGGGCCAGGCUUGUGUUUCUUCUGUGGGCUGUGGCGCUACAGGAUCAUCAGUGAAUCCAUCAUGUGUCAAUAAUAUCUGUGAAUGUCCGAACAACUACUACACCUUCAAUGCCGAGUGCAAAACCAAGGCCAGUAAUGGCCAGACGUGCUUUAGCCAGGUCAGCAACUCUUGUCAGGAUAUACACGCUUCGUGCACAGGGACUUGCACGUGUAAUACGGGAUACGCUCUCCAAGGCAGCACGUGCACACAAACCACUACAACCACUUCCUGUCCAGCAAACACACAAAAUCCGUUCACAGUGAAUGGAGCUUCUAACUUCCCAAGUACGUAUGUGGGAGCAACAUGUUACGAAGUGAACCUUCACGAAUCCACCCAGAUGGUAUGUGAAGAUGCCAAGGGGCAGCCACUUUCGGCAGCAGGCUGGUAUCAUAUGCCAAGCUUUACAGCUGUGAGCAUCUCCACAGGUGGCUUCAUUAACGGUGACAUCUCCAACACGGACCUGACUGUAUCUAACGCUCUCAGCAACUACACCGGGGACUACAUGUGUCGCCUGUGUUACUCCUCCAGCAGGUGCACCAACAGUACAACUGUCCAGCUACGGGUGCUUGGAACAGAGAUCCAGUCUUCGACCCUGUCUGUUUCACCAUCGGGAACAAUCACGAAAGGAAGCACAGUGACGCUCACCUGCAGCACAAGCCCCACAGGCGUGGCAUCAACAUACAUUUUCUACAAGGACUCAACAGUCAUCCAGUCGACCACACAAUCCACAUUCCAGAUACAGAACGUCCAGACGACACAUAUCGGCUCCUACCGAUGUAACGCUUCUAACACGUACAACUCCCAGGUUUCCAGCUCGGUGGCUAUCAAUGUCCAGUAUUCUCCUGAAUUCACUCUGUCAUCUGGCACCAGCACCCAGACAGUUACACACAACUUUGACGAUGGUGACCUCGUCAUCACUUGCUCCGGAUUCUCGGCUAAUCCUGCGAUCUCUGCAUACACCUUUUACAAUGAGGCAGGCAGUCAGCUGGCAAGUAGCGCUAGUGCAUCAUACACUGUGAACUCUACUCAAGGAUAUCAGAUCUACUACUGUCGAGCGACCAACAGCCUCGGGACAUCUAACGAACAGUAUAUUGAUGUGCAGGAGCCUGGCACAGAGCCGGGAGUCGGUGCCUCCACUGAAAACACUGGACUAGGGACCGGAACCAUCGCUGCCAUCGUGCUUGGAAUCAUAUUCCUUCUACUGCUCAUCAUCAUCAUCAUUGUCUGCUGCUGUAGCUAUGGAUGGUGUCGUAAGAAGGAGAAGGUUGAACCGGAGAUCCAUAUCGUGUCCCAGCCACCUGUCAAACCCUACAUUCCAAGGACUAUUGUUUCUGCCACACCUUCUGUCCGCACAACUAAAGAGGUUGGGGUGAUGAUGAACGGCUACACCGACGCAAGAGCUACAAGAAUUCGACCUAUUUGUGUGAGCACGGAGGAGUAUGAGCCUUAUGUGGCCUCACCCCGCUACUACCUCAAACCUGCCACCAGCACCGGACCUAUCAUCUCAAUGUUUGACGAUUCGUAUGAGCAACCGAGAGCGCACCAGCUUCCUGCCCUUGACACGCAGUAUUUGUACUCGGAUGAUCAUAAACCUCGCCACAAGAAGAAGCGCCGCAAGCAUCGUCGCAGCCACCGUGAGCCUUCUCCCCGUCGUGACGUCUACGCGGAGGUCACGCCUCCUAGUGACGAGGACCUUGUUGUAGUUCCGGGCAAGCAGAACUAUAUGGAGGCAGACGCAUAGUGCUGCAGGGGCUACAUGAUUUGUUUUUCGUACUAAUUUUUUCGGUUGCAAAUACUGUAAGACAGUUUUAAGAAUGUCAGCUGUCAUACCUAGAGGAGGGUCUUGUCUUGGAAUCUGUAUAGAAAUGCAUUAUGAACGAUCAAAUGGAGAUUCCAAAUACGUAAAUGUUAAUGAUUUAUUGUUAACGGCAUUUUAUCGUUGUUUAGUAUGAUAUUCAGUUUUUUUUUAUUGUUACAAGAUAACAAGCUAUUGCUUUAUAAAGUGUAUGAACACUAUUUUAAGAUAAUUCAAUUUAGCAGUUUACAUCUUAACUGUGAUAUUUGUAGAUGUGUAAAGUAAAUGCUCAAAGUUUGUUAAUGUGCCUCGUGAAAAAACGCUACUUUUAUAGCUACUUAUUAUCAAAGGAACACUGUGUACCUAUCAAUAUAUCCAACAUGUCAGAGAGUUAUCACCAAAGAGCAUGUAACAAAACAUUGUUAGAUCAAGAAUUGUAAACAACUCUUUUUAAGUAAGUGGAUUAAAUGAAAUCUAAAAUUUGGUUCGAAAUAAACGUAAGUGUGCAAAGGGCUGUUUAUUUUGAAAACAUUUUUCAUCAUUACUCAGACAAAUCAAUUCAAAAGUCAUUGUAAGAUAUGUUCGUUGACGAGACUAAAACUAGUUAGUAGGGAUCACGGGAUAUCAUGGCAGGUAGAACAAUCAUGCAUUGUCUAUAUUGAAUAGCUAAUAAUGUGCCCUGUGAGGUAAUAGAUUCUCCUCCAGAACUGAUAGGUCAACAAUUUUCAUAGUUGAUAAGAAAAUGAACAAAAUCAAAAUAGGUUUAAUGCUUUAGUAUUUAUGCAUUAUUUUAAGAGCUUUUAUGUAGAUUCUAGGGUUUUGGAACAUUAACAGGUUUUGUCUUUAGUUUAAGAACAUUAUAUAUAAUGACCGCUAAAUUUUUAAUCGAUGCUCAAGUAAGGUAAAAUCAACAACCGAAUGAUUGGUUGAUAGGAAUGCAUAAUAAAGGUAGCGUUAAAACAUUGAAUUCUAUAUUAUGAUAUUUUACAUAAAAGUUGUUCAAGUUUAAUCUUGAAUCGGUCCAUUGAGAUGUUCCAUGGUUGUUUGUAGAUUUUAUAUUGUUGAAUUAUUUAUUAUCUGUUUUUCAGUGUACAGGUAGUUUUAUUGUAUUUAUAUUACUAGAGAGAUAUUACAUACUUCCCUGUUAAAGCUGCACUCUCACAGAUAUACCAUUUUUACAUCUUUUUUUAUUUUUUGUCUUGGAAAGAACAAAUUUUUGCAUAAAUAUCUGCAAACAAUGAUAUAAGAUUGCUGAUAAAAAAUCAGAUCGAAGAUUUUCAUAUUUUCUUAGAAAAUUAAUGUUUUAUGGCUUAAACCAACGGUUUAAGAAAAAUGCAUAAAACAUCAAGUUGUCAAAACAUUCAUUCUGUGAGAGUGCAGCUUUAAUUAUUUUGUUACUAUGAGCUGUGAUUCUGUGCUUUUUAACAUAGUUAAUUUACAAAUACUGAAAACUGAAAAGUUGAUGUUCUAAAUUAUAUAUUAUAUUGCAUUAUUUGAAAAUGUUAUAUUUUAUAAAUAUAAAUUAUGUUAAAAACUUUGAUUUCCCAUGAUGUUUUUACAAGUGAAUGCAAUUAGAAUGCUUAGAUUUUUUAGAUCUUAUUUCAUCUUCUGAACACUUCAGGGUCAUAGUAUUUACCGCAGGGUAAUAAUUUCCGUCCAUUGUUUUAAUCUGUCAUAUAUUGUUUAACAUGAAGGUGUGAUAAGUUUACUAAUACAGUGCUAAAUACUGCACAUUAUCAUAUGCAAAUAUGACAGUAGACAAAGAUUCAUGUAUUAUUGUUUUUGUAUUUUUUACUACAAAGUACAGCAAUGCAAGUUAUAUGCCACUUUUCCUCUGAACACAAAGGUGAACUUAAAUAGGAAUGUGAAUUACAUUAAAAGUACUGUUUGUUAUGCUGUUAGUCUUGGAUUAUCAUUUUUAUAUCUUUUAUUAAAUAAGAAUAUUAGAAUGCAAUACUCAGUGUGUAGCAUAAUUCAUUGUCUCAAAUAUUAACUUCUGAUUUAAUGUUAAUAGUUCACUGCCUCUUACAAUUUUCUGUCAGAUCAGUUUUGAUUGGUUUUCAUUGUAGCAAAUCACUCUUGUACAUCAUGCUAAUAAUAAGAACAUAAAAACUUACUGUUUCAAUUGUGUUGAUGUAAAAUUUAUAAUUUUGAGGAAAAUAAACUACAUGUUCCGUGAUAAGUAUUUUUGUAAUUGUAAAAUUUAUUUAUCAAAUUUUGUUAAGACUUUCAUUAAAAAUUGACAUCAUGCUUAAUCAACAGCAAAACUGUUUACAGAUUUCAGAAAAUCAAUCACUGUUAUGUUGACAACCCAAUAUAUUAUAACUGCAAUAC